GUAUAAUCUGAUGUCUGCUGCUUUUUUCUCCUGUAAUGGAGGUUUAAAAUGUAUUGACCACUUUUCCAUUGUCUUUUUCCAGAUCGGUGUAAUUUCGUUUGCGCUGUUUUCCAUGCCGUAGGCUUUAUCGAUCGUUUCUCACAUGUCAGGCAGUUGCUCAUCUGCGGAUCUAGACCAUCAUUGCUCCAUAGUUCCUUUUGGAAUCGGGAUGUUUUGGCAUUCCGACAUCAUCCGGCACACAUGGAACUCUGAGCAGACGGACUUCUCUGCAGUUCUAUGAGCUUAUUUUUAGAUUCUACUCGGUUUGAUGUCAUGAGAUUCGACUGAGGGUGACUAACCACGAACCCUGAGUGAUGUCUCUAAUCCCUGAUGCUUAUUUCUGACUUCCACCAGUGACCUGGAUGUGGAUGGAUAGUGGGCUGAUGUCUUGGGGCUUGAAGAAAAUGUCCAAUAUCACCUCCAAAAAUCCCUGUUUGAGGUGAAUCCGACUGGAGAAAGUCUAAACCAGUUCUUAAGUUCAGUAACCAGAACUUGUCCAGGUUCUACAUGGGGAACAGCAGUCGGAGAACCCAACCUCUUCUAGAGGAGACGGAUUAUUUUUAUACAGGAGAAGCAGAUACAGAAUCCCAGAAGUCUCACCUCUCCUCUUUUACAAUGAAAUUGAUGAAAUUUCAUUCCCCGAUUAAACGAACUCCAUCUAAGAAGAGCAAACAGCUCCAGCCAGAGCCUACGGUGACUACUCCAGAGAAACCUGUCAACAAGAAGGUGAGUCGGUUGGAGGAACAGGAGAAGGAGGUGGUGAGUGCUCUACGUUACUUUAAGACGAUUGUGGACAAGAUGAACGUCGAUACGAAGGUUUUGCAGAUGCUUCCUGGUUCGGCUAGUAAAGUAUUGGAGGCCAUAUUGCCUGUGAUGCAUGUAGAGGCUCGGAUACAGCACAGCUCGGCAGUGUCCUCCUGUCAUAACCGCGUCUAUCAGAGUUUGGCGAAUCUCAUUCGCUGGUCCGACCAGGUGAUGCUGGAGGGCAUCGACCUCGACGACAAGGACACUGUGGCAACCGUAACCACGGUGAUCAAAGCUGUGCUGGAUGGUGUGAAGGAGCUGGUGAAACUCACUAUAGAGAAACAGGAGCAACCGACCCCGACGUCCCCGACGUCCCCCAGCAAACCAGUGCCUCCUGUGGCCAAAACGGACAGUGUGUGUGAAAAUCCUCUAACCGAGCGAGAGAAGGCGAUCCUGAGUAAGACCACGCCCAUUGUCACGCCCACUGACAGCUUGACUGACAUGUCAGAGGAAGAGGUUGCUCCGCCCAAACCUCCUCUACCCGGAGUUAAACUGGCAGAGCACAGGAAAAGGAUGCAGUUGUGCUCCGAUCCUGUUGCCGGGCAGCGGAGGGCCACGGCUAUGGAAACCGCGCCCGCUCUGCCUCCCAAGAAGCGACAGUCGGCCCCCUCCCCCACACGUGUUGCCGUGGUAGCGCCGAUGAGUCGAGUCCCAUGUGGUCUCAACCUGCCUCCUGGAGCUCUUAGACAGCAGCAGGAGUUUGACGUGGAUCUCCUCCAGAGGCGUUUCUCCGGAGGGAGCCAGUCAUACGGCGGGGAUUCUCCUCGUCUUUCUCCCUGUAACAGUAUGGGAAAACUCAGCAAGUCCGACGAGCAGCUCUCGUCACAGGAGCGAGACAGCGGCCAGUGCUCUCGCAACACUAGCUGUGAAACACUAGAGGGAUACGAUCCUGAUUACGACUUCCUGCAUCAGGAUCUAUCCGAAUCCGAGCCUUUACCGUUUCCGACGGGCACUGGCAGCAGUCUGAGCCCUCUCCCAGAAUGCCACGGGCAGUCUCAGUCGUUAAGCCCCGCCCAUGCCCCCACCCGCCCGCGUUUCAGCGCUCCCGUCACCAAUCAUGCUUCCCUGGAGUACUGGACCCCGCCCCUCACACCUGCACUGACCAAUAGCGUGCUUCCCCCCGCCCUCCCGCAGAAGAAGCGGCGGUCGGCGCCGAUCAUAUCGGCAUACCCUAUUUACGAGCGCUUCCCAUCGCACUACGAGAACCUGUCAGAAGAGGAGCAGCUGACGCCACCGUUCCCGCUGCUGAUGCUGGCCUCGCCGCUGCCGCAGGUCAAUGGAGGAGACGAUGAUUUCUCACGCUGUACCGACACCGACAGCCCGCCGCCGUUGCCAGAGAAGAAGGGCAAGCAGAUUCUCCAGUACAUGCAGUUUGUGGAGGAUUACUCUGAACCACAGCCGUCCGUCUUCUAUCAGACGCCUCAGAACGAGAGUAUUUACGAGCAGCGGAGAAACAAGCGCUUUCAGGAGGUUUACGGCUUCAACGAUUCCUACAGCAACUCGGACUCUGUCCACGAACCCGUCCCUCCGCCAGCGCUGCCUCCCAAACAAAGACAGCUGAGUGAAAGUGUGGAUGAAGGCGGUGAGGGAGAGUAUGUGAACCUGUACUCCUCCACACAGGCUAAUGGAGAAAACACACACCGCACUGACCCCUCAUCAUGUGACGAUGUGCUUCAGGACCACACCCCUCACAUACCCACCUCCAAUAGCAAGGAAGCCUUGUCUAAGGACAGGCCGAAGGAACCCAGUCAUGGUCAGAUCGAUGAUGUUGAUGAACUGUCCCUCAUUGAUCAUAAUGAGAUUAUGAGCCGCAUCACACUCAAAGCAGAGAAUGAUGAUGGUCCUGAUGUGAGAGCCGGCUCUGGUGAUAUACUGUUAGUUCACGCUACAGAAACAGACCGCAAAGAUUUGGUGUUGUACUGCGAGGCUUUCCUCACAACCUACAGAACCUUCAUAACGCCUGAAGACCUCAUUAAAAAACUACACUACAGAUAUACUCGGUUCUGUCACAGUCCAGACACCUUUAGGAAGCGCGUCAGUAAAAACACGUUCUUUGUGCUGGUGAGAGUCGUGGAUGAACUCUGUCUGGUGGAGUUGACCGAGGACAUCCUGCGGCAGUUGAUGGAUCUGGUCUUCCGGCUGGUCUGUAAUGGAGAGCUGAGUCUGGCGAGGGUCCUGCGAAAGAACGUCCUCGAUAAAGUGGAACAGAAGAGGCUCCUGCGACACAUGCACAUGCUGAAACCUCUCGCCGCGCGGGGCGUCUCUGCCAGGCCCGGCACGCUGCAUGAUUUCCGCAGUCAUGAGAUCGCCGAUCAGCUGACGUUGCUGGAUGCAGAACUGUUUUACAAGAUUGAGAUUCCUGAGGUGCUGCUUUGGGCGAAGGAACAGAAUGAAGAGAAAAGUCCAAAUCUGACCCAGUUUACAGAGCACUUUAACAACAUGAGCUACUGGGUGCGCUCUAUCAUCAUCCAGCAGGAGAAAGCUCAGGACAGAGAGAAACUGCUGCUCAAAUUCAUCAAAAUCAUGAAGCACUUGCGGAAACUGAAUAACUUCAACUCUUAUUUGGCGAUUCUCUCGGCGCUGGACUCUGCACCAAUCAGACGACUGGAAUGGCAGAAACAGACGUCUGAGGGUUUGGAGGAGUACUGCACCUUGAUUGACAGUUCUUCGUCCUUCCGAGCGUACAGAGCGGCGCUAGCAGAAGUGGAGCCUCCAUGCAUACCAUACCUGGGUUUGAUCCUACAGGACUUGACUUUCGUUCACCUCGGAAACCCGGAUUUUAUUGACGGUAAAGUGAAUUUCUCCAAGCGCUGGCAGCAGUUCAACAUUCUGGACAGCAUGAGGCGCUUCCAGCAAGUACACUACGAACUGAAACGGAACGAAGACAUCGUCUCAUUCUUCAACGACUUUAGCGAUCACCUGGCAGAGGAGGCAUUAUGGGAGCUCUCUCUCAAGAUCAAACCACGAAACAUCUCGCGGCGCAGGACGGAGCGCGAGGAGAAGACCUAGAAUCUGAAAUCUAGAACCUCCGAGACAAUUUACGGUGAGACCUGAACCUCCAGCAGAACCUUGGGAACCCACGCUAGGCUGUUUCACCCAUGCUAGAGUUCUUAAUCCGGUUCUGGAGCUGAACCGACACACGCAAGCUCCUAUUUGCACCAAUAAACUGAGACAUUGGCUGUAUUUUUCCCUGACUGUUGACUUUAAAAACUCACGAGGGGAAUCCCGAUUCAGUAUAGAUAUACAGAUAUGCACUCGCGCGCGCACAGAGGGCUCGAGAGGACCCCAACGCUGUGAUAUAAAGCUAAAUCCUCACAACUUUCCAUGUUUGCGUGUGUUGAUGUGUGGCUGUACAGAAAGACAAUGGAUCAUUUGAUAUUAAUACACUGUGCCUGAUGGAGUGAGUUCGUGUUUGUUUGUCCCGCUCGGACAUACCGUGUGACCUUCCAAAGGUCCAACCUACGAUUCGCCGUUUGGAAAUGGGUCGAUUGGGAAACAGGCAGACAUGUGUGCAAUCUUAUAAGCGUUUUAUAAGGAAUAUUCACUGAUCUGUUGAAAUGAAUAUGUUUUGACAGACGCGGUGAGUAAUGGAAUAUAUGGAAUAUAUUAAUUUGAAAAUUAAAGAAUGAACUGGACGUUUGGACAAAUUUUUCACAUCAUCUUGCUAUAUUGUUUUGUGUGUGAUCAUGUGCACUCCUCAUUAUAACGGUUUACCCCGUCACAUGGCUGACAGCCCCUCGAUUUUCCAAAUAAAUCGUCAAAAACAUGCUUUUUUUACCUUAAAAAAAAGAAAAAUUUACAUUGUGACUA